AUGUUAAAAUUUCUUGAUAAUAGGGAUCCUCCUAGAAUAAAAAGAGGUUUAGAUUUUAUGCGUUUUGAGAGUAACAGUCAUCUUCCAAAUAAUAAAUAAUUUAAUAGUCCUAUUCAUUAAGAUGUGGUUAUUCAUCAUGAUAAUCCUCAAUAUUAUGUUACAAAGAAAUUACCUCCUAUUUCUAUUUAUAAUCCUUUAGUUUAAUUGACAGACUCAGUGGAUAGACCAGAAUAUAUAAUUAAAUAAAAAGAAAUCUAUCAUUCUCGUUAUAUGGAUGAAUACUAAAAAAAAGGGUUUAAAAAGAAGUAGGGAAUUUUUGAAUCAUUCUAACAUUUACUUAAUCAGAAUCGUAUUCUAAUAUAAGGGAUUCAUUCUGAUAAAAAACCUUUAACCUUUCCAGCUAUAAGAGAAUAUUAAAAAAGGAAUUCUUAAUCUGUAAAUAUUGAUAAAUAACUUUCUUCAAGGAGCUAUGAUAGCUCAAAUAUUAAUAGAAUUAAUUAAGAUAGUAACAGAUCUUAUGCUAAGAGUGUUAAUAAAAAUUAAAAUUAUCAAGUAUCGGAAUAAAGUAAAUUAAGGACUGAAAAUAAAAGUAAUCCAGCUAGUUUAGAAAGAGUCAGUAUAUCAAAGAAAACUGAAUCAUCUAAUGGGUACAAUCCAAAAAUAGUGCAUUCUUACUUAAUAAGAUAAGAAGAAGAGGCAGAGAAAGAAAGAUAGAUGCGUUAAUUAAGUAUUUUUGAUAAAAAGAUCAAAGAUCUUAGAAUUCAUUAAGAUUAAUAUGGUAAAAGGCAGAAAUGA